AUGCGGGUGGCCACGGAAGGGCCUUUUCUCCCUUCCGGGGACCGGCUUGCCUUCUUUCCAGACCCAAUUGUGGAGGAGAUGAGGAGCAUUGCCUUGGCCGUCCUGCGACGACUAUUUUACCCUGUUCUCCGGCGCCAAUUGGCCGCUCUGCACCGAAGGCGGGCCCUCGAGUCGUGGCGACGCAGCGAGGACCUGGCGGCGGCGAUGAGGCUCGCCCUGGAACAGCUUUCUGCGCCCGUGCUGUGCGCCCAGACACUAGGCGUGGGCGAGGCGGUGGCGCAGGCGUCGGGGGCGGUAGAGCGGGCCGUUGCCUCGGCGGACUACCGUCUCUUUGCCGAAGGGGAGAUGGUGCAGUACGCCGGGGAGCCGGGCAAUGCCGUGGUCGUGCUGCUCGUCGGCAGCGUGAAGAAGCGAGCGUGGACGGUGAAGACAAGGAGGAAGUCCGUGCUGGAGAGGCCAAAUUCCCUGCCUUCCACCGCACCCAUUGCCGUGAUACCGUUCGAGGAAGCCUCGCAAAUGAGUCGUAGGUCUUCCACGCGCAGCUUGCGCCACAGUAGCGUGUGCAUCCCCCAGGUAGACACGCCCCCAAAGUUCUAUGCGAUUGACGCCCCUGCGGUGUUUGGGGAGAACACCACAGUGGGGGGAUACCCGUGCACGGAACACCUUGUGGCGGAGUCUCCAGUUGUUGUGACGGCCGUCCUGUCGAGGGAGGCCUACUGCGAGGUCCUCGGCGCGUUUCCAAAGCCCAUUCAGCAGCAGGUUCUACUGAUGGCACUUAAGAGCCGUGAGAAACUUAUUCCGCGGUUUGCCCCCAUGAAUUUUGGUCGCAUGCGGCUCUGCCCGCUACUCACGGAACUUAGCGACGAUAGUUUGCGGCACCUCAUGGAUUACCUCGUCCCAUGCAUGCGAGCCGCCGGCAUGCAAAUUGGUGAACUUGACAACCCCAAGCACAUCUUUUUCAUUCGGCGGGGUGUGGUGCAUGUACGUGGUGAGGAAGCCCUUGUGGCAGACGUGGGCUCCCCCACGCAAGCAAGGAGCCGAAGCCUCCUUUUGGAGGGUCAUACGUUCGGCGAGCGGCAAUGCAUUUUCCGCGAGGCGCUCGGGGACAGCUUUUAUGCGCUAACCAACGUGGACUUGUACUUGCUGCCCUUUUCUGUGCUCAUUCAGUUUAUGAAGCAGCAACCGGACGCACGGACGACGAUUUACGCCUCUGCGAAGGCGGCCUCGUUGGUGCUGGAAAGCGAUUACGAGGGGAUGCGGUUUGUCCCGGCUUCCCUGGAGAAGCUGGGUCUUGUUCUCCUGGGUCCUGCACAGCUCUCCAAGUGGUUUCAGCGGCGUGUUAACAUCACCACCGCUAGUUCCAGGCGCACCUCAGCUUUCUGCGCCUCGAUCUUGGAUGUGGGCAGUGCGAAGGCCCCAAUGGACUGCGGCGCCGUUGGGGUCUCGCCGCACUUUCUUGAGCAGAUACGCAGGAUUCCGCUGUUAAACCUCUGCUCGCCAACAGACGCCUUCUACGCCGAGUGCGCGCUUCACUGGGAGACGACUUCGUAUGAGGCAGGGGAGUACAUUGUCCGCCGCGGCAGCGAAUGCAACCGUCUGUUGCUGUUUUCACAGGGGGGUGCUGCUGUCGUGUUGGAAGAAAAAAAGGUUGCAGAGGGUCUCGUGAAUUGUCCCCCAACCGCCUCGCAGAAGGAACUUUCGGUCGUGCCACGUGAGUGCAUCAUAGGCUACACCUGCGUGCGCCGGCACCCCUGGAUGCUCAGCGUCAUCGCCGUGGAAAAUCAGGUGGAGGUGUGGGAGAUGAAGCGGGUGACGUUUGUAGAACUUCUUCGAAAGCAUCAGUUGGAGCGGAAGAUGCAGGAGCUUGUCCAGCAGCUGAUGCAGCCUUUAAUGCAGCUGCAGACCCGCUCCAAGGUUCUUGACAUGCAACCACUUUUGGCGCCGUCGCCCAACUCCCUCUGGAGUGAGUGCCGUUUGCCUAACUUGCAUCCUGUGAGCCUGUGCGAGUACCUGCGCUUCCCCGCCUGGAGAGAGGGGGAUCUCCCACGGCCGUCCAGCAGCACGAACCGCCGUUCAAGCAUUUGGUAG